AUCAUAAAGAUCAACACAAAAUUGUGAUUUUGCCCUUGCAAUAGCUAAACAGAACUUUUUAAGAAAUGUCCAAUUUAGAUGAUUUCUUCGCCAAGAAGGACAACAAAAUCAAAAAAAAAAAGUCAAAUUACUUGGCUACUGAUGAGUUGUACAAAACGCUUGAAGAAUCCGUGAAGCAGACACCGGAGGUUGGCAAUGAUCCCGAUAUAGAUUUGGGAAACGAGGAUGUAGUAGUAGAAUUUGGUAUUCGCCCUUUGGAUGAAACCAUUGAUGACGAGGACGAAUGGUGUGACUUUACAGAGCAGAAUCGCAAGCACUACACUAGUCUAGGUCGUGGAAUCCAGUUAAGACUUAGGUCUACUAUUCACGCUCCAUUAACAGGCGGUGAGGCCAAAGUCAAGGAGUCUGAGCAGCGGGACACCGGAGGCGAUGGCAUAGACGUGGGUCAAGUACAGAAUGACGCUGUCUUCAAUAGCCUAUGUCCCUGGCAGAAGACGGAGAGCCAACUUCAGCAGGAACCAAAAGAUCAAAUCAACGAUGAGCAACCGGAAAAGCAGGAGGAUUUAAUCGAUAUCAAGAGCCAAGUCUACAUACCACCUGCUCUGCGCCAGAGCCAAGGUGACUUCAAUCAACGCCAUCAGGUGGAAAACCGCCUGCGCAACACCAACACCCCAACGAAGAAGUCGGGAAAACCUCAAGCGCCCGAUAUCAAUUGUCCCGAAUAUUUUCCCAGCCUAAAUGGCUCCAAAAUAUUCAAACGCACCAAGUAACCAAGAAUGCUUUGUUUUAAGUUUUUUCCAGUUUGAAGUUAACUGAGAUCAAUUAUCUGUGGAAGUUUGGGAGCACAGACUUGCGCCAAUAAAAAUGAAAG